AUGAUUGAAGCCAUUCGCGCGUUGUUCGCACCGAAGCGUCGGAGUGACGAUGCGCAACAGGGCGAGGAGCAAGCGAAACGGCGCGCGGAGAUCGGCGCGCGCGCGGUGGACUCGACGAGUGCCGGCGGUGCGUUCGACGGCGCAGGAGACACGGAAAGCGCUGAAAAACGCGACAAUGGCGUCGCGCGGGGGGGCCAGGGCACGAGUGGCGCCGAGCCGACAGGUGGUGCGGACGAGAACCCGGCGGAGGAGGCGACGAACACGGGGAAGGGGAAGCGGAAGUGCGUUCUGUGCAACCGCGCCGACGCCUGUCGCACUGUAAAUAUGUUUUUCGUCGGCGCAUUGGUCAUUGACGUGUUUCAACCGAUUUUCAACCGAUACUCUCGCAUCAAAAAGAAGCAAAUCGGUAGAAUUGAUAAAAAUCAGACAUUUCGUCAAGGCGACGGUUUGUGCAAAGCAUGUUCCGCGCUUUUUGAAGAUUGUGUUCGCGACCGGCUCGAUUGGAAGUUUGAGUGGAUCGUUGACGCCGCGCGCAAGUUGAAGAUUUUGAGCGCGCACGUCCGCGACCACUUGGAUGGCAAGUUGCCGAGAGGGAACGAUGUGGCCACACUCGCGCGAUGGGACCAUGAAGAUGCUGGGGAAAGAGUCGGCGUUCAGGUGGGAUUGUGGUGGUACGACUUAAACCGCUCAAAGUGCGAAGAGCGACUGAAGCGUUUGAGAAAAUUCGAUGAAGACUCCAACAAUGCGCUCCAGUAUCUCGAGACAUGUGUGUUGCGCGAAGAUGGCUGUGCACGCAGGUACACAGCGCACGACGCGCGCAAGUUGAAGAUUUUGAGCGCGCACGUCCGCGACCACUUGGAUGGCAAGUUGCCGAGACAGAACGAUGUGGCCACACUCGCGCGAUGGGACCAUGAAGAUGAUGGGGAAAGAGACGGCGUUCAGGUGGGACAGUGGUGGUACAACUUAAACCGCUCAACGGACAAAGGGCGACUGAAGCGUUCGAGAAACUUCGAUGAAGACUCGAAGCACGCGCUCCAGUAUCUCGAGACAUGUGUAUUGCGCGAAGAUGGCUGUGCACGCAGGUACACAGCGCACGACGCGCGCAAGUUGAAGAUUUUCAGCGCGCACGUCCGCGACCACUUGGAUGGCAAGUUGCCGAGAGGGAACGAUGUGGCCACACUCGCGCGAUGGGACCAUGAAGAUGAUGGGGAAAGAGACGGCGUUCCGGUGGGAAUGUGGUGGUACGACUUAAACCGCUCAACGGACAAAGAGCGACUGAAGCGUUUGAGAAACUUCGAUGACGACUCCAACAAUGCGCUCGAGUACCUCGAGAGAUGUGAACCAAGAAAAGCCAAGGCUUUACCAGGCCGAAACGCUAAAUAA